UCCAGCAGCAUCAGACCCAGCUGGACUCCGUCUUUCAGCUGCUGGAGGACGACGUCGUCAUGUUUGUGAAGGACGAGCUGAAGAAGAUCCUGAAGGUUCUGAGUCCAGAUUACCCAGAAUCCUCAGAGAGUCUGGAGGAGGAAGAAGAUGAAGAGCAGAAGAGCAUCAGAGAGACAUUCAUGAAGAUCACAGUGAAGUUCUUGAGGAGGAGGAAGCAGGAGAAGCUGGCCGACCUCCUGCAGAGCGAUACCGUUGAUGCCGUUUGUCAAUCCAAACUCAAAGUUCAGUUGCAGAAGAAGCACCAGCAUGUGUUUGAGGGAAUCAUUAAAGCAGGAAACCCAACCCUUCUGGAGCAGAUCUACACGGAGCUCUACAUCACUGAGGGAGGGACCGGAGAGGUCAACAAAGAGCAUGAAGUCAGACAGAUUGAAGCAGCUUCCAGGAAACCAGACGGAGCAGAAACAGCCAUCAGACAGGAAGACAUCUUUAAACCCCCACCUGGAACAGAUGAACCAAUAAGAACGGUGAUGACGAAGGGAGUGGCCGGCAUCGGGAAAACAGUCCUAACACAGAAGUUCAGUCUGGACUGGGCUGAAGGCAGAACCAACCAGGACAUCCAGUUCCUGCUUCCAUUCACCUUCAGAGAGCUGAAUGUGCUGAGAGAGGAGAAGUUCAGCUUGGUGGAACUAGUUCAUCGAUUCUUCUCUGAAACCAAAGGAAUCUGCAGCUUUGAAGACUUCCAGGUCGCGUUCAUCUUUGACGGUCUGGAUGAGAGUCGACUUCCUCUGGAGUUCCGCAACAACGAAGUCCUGACUGAUGUUACAGAGUCCACCUCAGUGGACGUGCUGCUGACAAACCUCAUCAGGGGGAACCUGCUUCCUUCUGCUCGUCUCUGGAUCACCACACGACCCGCAGCAGCCGAUCAGAUCCCUCCUGAGUGUGUCUCCAUGGUGACGGAGGUCAGAGGGUUCACUGACCCCCAGAAGGAGGAAUACUUCAGGAAGAGGUUCAGGAACAAGAAGCAGAGCAGAAGGAUCAUCUCCCACAUCAAGACAUCACGGAGCCUCCACAUCAUGUGCCACAUCCCAGUCUUCUGCUGGAUCACUGCUACGGUCCUGGAGAACGUCCUGGAGAACGUCCUGGAAACCAGAGAGGGAGGGGAGCUGCCCAAGACCCUGACUGAGAUGUACAUCCACUUCCUGGUGGUCCAGGCCAAACUGAAGACGGUCAAGUAUGACGGAGGAGCUGAGACGGAUCCACACUGGAGUCCAGAGAGCAGGAAGAUGGUGGAGUCUCUGGGAAAACUGGCUUUUGAGCAGCUGCAGAAAGGAAACCUGAUCUUCUAUGAAGCAGACCUGAGAGAGUGUGGCAUCGAUGUCAGAGAGGCUUCAGUUUACUCAGGAGUGUUCACCCAGAUCUUUAGAGAGGAGAGCGGCCUGUACCAGGACCAGGUCUUCUCCUGCUGGAGGAUCAACCAACAAAUCACCGUUCUUCAACCAGUUUCUAUCGGACAGCUGUGGACAAGGCCUUACAGAGUCCAAACGGACACCUGGACUUGUUCCUGCGCUUCCUCCUGGGUCUUUCAGUGGAGACCAAUCAGAACCUCUUACGAGGUCUGAUGACAUCAAACCAAAGAAGUUCACAGAACAAUCAGGAAACUAUCAAAUACAUCAAGGAGAAGAUCAGUGAGGAUCUGUCUGCAGAGAGAAGCAUCAACCUGUUCCACUGUCUGAAUGAACUGAACGAUCGGUCU